AUGAAGCUCAUGAAACUGAAAACAUGUACGCACAAAUCAUGGCUAAAUUCACAAAUAAAAUGUCUCCGGAACCACAACAACCGGUUUGGCAGCGUCAGGGUGUUUCUGAACUUUGGUGUCAUCUAUGAAGGCUUUCAGGAGUCAGAGAGAGAAAUGGAGGAAGAGAAGAAGGUCCUCAACAGCACGUUGACCAGCAUCGAGGAAAGCCUGCAGAGACUCCAGAAUCACGUCUUCCACAUGUGGCGUCAUUACAACUUUGCUCGGAUGAGGAAAGGGAAGGACCAUCACCUCCUCCUGUCCAACCUCAGCUACGUCGGCUGCUGGUCGGCCGCUCAGUGCCUGCUCAUGCUCCUGGCUGGAAUCCUGCAGCUCCUCGUCCUCAGAAGACUCUUCCACACAGACUCCAGCCGCUCCAGACGCUGUGAUUAAGGAAUGUUUUGUACUUUAUGGUAUUAGAGCAGAAUCACAUUGUGUGGCUUCUUUAACUUGCUGCAUCCAACCUGACGGAGCAUCGUCAGGUCAGCGAUAACCCCAGUAGUCCUGUAUGGAGUUGAGUGCUGGCAGUACAGGCAGAGACAGUGUCACGGUUCACGGUGAAGGACCCACACGCACAGCUUGCAUGAACUCAGGUAAGUGAGGAGUUAUUCAGGCUGGUGGUCAGGCAGGCAAAGUAGGUACACAGGUAAUGAAAUCAAGGCAACUGUACAGACGGGGAGCAGGCAAGGCUGGGUCAGAACACGGGCCACAGCUGGUACACGGCAGGACUUACAGACAUGAACGCUGGAGAGUUGGACGGGUCAAUGAACAACAAUCUGGCAGAUAAACAGGGUGAAUACUGGUGCUUAAAUGCAUGACCUGAUUAUGGACUGACUGCAGCUGGGGAGUAAAGAUGAAGCAAGACCAAAUGCCUAUGGCAGGACAGGAAGCGGCAAAAGUAAAACAGGAACUGAUGACAUGUGACAAGGUAAAAUCAAACUAGCACUAAGACCGGCAGGAACAAAACAGGAAAUACCAAAAUAAAACCGGAAAACCAGACGCGAUGCUGAGACUGUGACAGACAGGAAGAGGCUCAGCAAGCUGGUUCAGA